UUGGAUCCGUCAACUUACUGCGACUCUCCGGUGUACAGCCCGGACCUCUGCCCCAACAUGAUAGCCACGCAGGCGAAGCUGGUCUACCAGCUGAACAAGUACUACAACGAGAGGUGCCAGGCGCGCAAAGCCGCCAUUGCGAAGACCAUCCGGGAGGUUUGCAAAGUGGUGUCGGAUGUCCUGAAGGAGGUGGAGGUGCAGGAGCCCCGCUUCAUCAGCUCCCUCAGCGAGAUUGACGCGCGCUACGAGGGGAUGGAGGUCAUCUCGCCCAACGAGUUCGAGGUGGUGCUCUACCUCAACCAGAUGGGGGUGUUCAACUUCGUGGACGACGGCUCGCUGCCCGGCUGCGCGGUGCUGAAGCUGAGCGACGGCCGGAAGAGGAGCAUGUCCCUGUGGGUCGAGUUCAUCACCGCCUCCGGCUACCUCUCGGCCCGGAAGAUCCGCUCCAGGUUCCAGACGCUGGUGGCGCAGGCCGUGGACAAGUGCAGCUACCGCGACGUGGUCAAGAUGGUGGCCGACACCAGCGAGGUCAAGCUGCGGAUCCGCGAGCGGUACGUGGUGCAGAUCACGCCCGCCUUCAAGUGCACGGGGAUCUGGCCCCGGAGCGCGGCCCAGUGGCCCAUGCCCCACAUCCCGUGGCCGGGGCCCAACCGGGUGGCCGAGGUCAAGGCGGAGGGCUUCAACCUCCUCUCCAAGGAGUGCUACUCGCUGACCGGCAAGCAGAGCUCGGCGGAGAGCGACGCCUGGGUGCUGCAGUUCAGCGAGGCCGAGAACCGGCUGCUCAUGGCCGGCUGCCGGAAGAAGUGUCUGUCCAUCCUGAAGACGCUCCGGGACCGGCACCUGGAGCUGCCCGGCCAGCCGCUGCACAACUACCACAUGAAGACGCUGCUGCUGUACGAGUGCGAGAAGCACCCGCGCGAGACGGACUGGGACGAGUCGUGCCUGGGGGACCGGCUCAACGGCAUCCUGCUGCAGCUCAUCUCCUGCCUGCAGUGCCGCAGAUGCCCCCACUACUUCUUGCCCAACUUGGACUUGUUUCAGGGAAAGCCUCACUCGGCCCUGGAGGCUGCUGCCAAGCAGACGUGGAGACUAGCGAGAGAGAUCCUCACCAACGCCAAAAGUUUGGACAAAUUAUGA